GAAAGUGAAAGGAAGAGGAACUCGAGUCCCAGCUAGAGCAGGGCUCUACCUGAUCGGUAGCCCUUCACUGCUCCACAGGAAGGGCAGAAAUCUCCUGCCUUAAAUUCUGAGAAAGUCGGAAGUUUUAAAGGGCAUCCUGGUUCUAUCCCUAGACUGGCAGAGCACUUUAAUUGCCUUGCACCUUACAGUGUAAAGUUCGUUCCGGACUCCAAAUUCAGAAUGUUUUGUUUAAGACACAGUUGUAAAUAUAACUCUGAGCUUAACUAUGUAAUAAGGAUUUUUGGUUUUCCAACUUACAAACUUUUUGUCCUGCAAGGUCCUGGUGUUAACUUGGCAAAAGUCAGUCGGGAACCUCCUCUGAGUCUCAGUUGUAGCGUCAAGAUAAGACCUGCCAGCACUGUGUAACGAGAUUGCCAAGAAUCAGAUGAGAGAAAUAUUCAGGCUUUCACAUAAACAGAAGCAAGAUAGUCAAUAAUGUCUGUCACCGAGGAAGACCUGUGUCACCACAUGAAAGUAGUUGUUCGUGUGCGUCCUGAAAAUACAAAAGAAAAGGCAGCUGGAUUCCAUAAAGUGGUCCAUGUUGUGGAUAAGCAUAUACUAGUUUUUGAUCCCAAACAAGAAGAAAUCAGUUUUUUCCAUGGAAAGAAAACUGCAAAUCGAGAUAUUACAAAGAGACAAAAUAAGGAUCUCAAAUUUGUCUUUGAUGCUGUUUUUGAUGAAACUUCAACUCAAUUGGAAGUUUUUGAACACACUACUAAGCCAAUUCUUCGUAGUUUUUUGAAUGGAUAUAAUUGCACAGUACUUGCAUACGGUGCCACUGGAGCUGGGAAGACCCACACGAUGCUAGGAUCAGCUGCUGAACCUGGAGUGAUGUAUCUAACGAUGUUAGACCUUUACAAAUCUAUGGAGGAGAUUAAAGAAGAGAAAGUAUGUAGUACCGCAGUUUCUUAUCUGGAGGUAUAUAAUGAACAGAUUCGUGACCUCUUAGUAAAUUCAGGACCACUUGCCGUUCGGGAAGACGCCCAAAAAGGGGUAGUUGUUCAGGGGUUGACUUUACAUCAGCCCAAGUCCUCAGAGGAAAUUUUACAGUUGUUGGAUAAUGGAAACAGAAACAGGACACAGCAUCCCACUGAUAUGAAUGCCACAUCUUCUCGUUCUCAUGCUGUUUUCCAGAUUUAUUUGCGACAACAAGACAGAACAGCAAGUAUCAGUCAAAAUGUACGAAUUGCCAAGAUGUCACUCAUUGAUCUGGCAGGGUCUGAGCGAGCCAGUACUACCAGUGCUAAAGGGACCCGAUUUAUAGAAGGCACAAAUAUUAAUCGGUCACUCUUAGCUCUUGGGAAUGUUAUCAAUGCCUUAGCAGAUGCAAAGAGAAAGAAUCAGCAUAUUCCUUACAGAAAUAGUAAGCUCACUCGCUUGUUAAAGGAUUCUCUUGGAGGAAACUGUCAAACUAUAAUGAUAGCUGCUGUUAGUCCUUCCUCUGUGUUCUACGAUGACACAUAUAACACUCUUAAGUAUGCUAAUCGUGCAAAGGACAUUAAAUCUUCUUUGAAGAGCAAUGUUCUUAACCUUGACAAUCAUAUAACUCAGUAUGUAAAGAUCUGUAAUGAGCAGAAGGAAGAGAUUUUAAUGUUAAAAGAAAAACUAAAAGCCUAUGAAGAACAGAAAGCCUUUACUGAUGAAAAUAACAAAGCAAAGUUAAUGAUUUCAAACCCUCAGGAAAAAGAAAUUGAAAGAUUUCAAGAAAUUCUGAACUGCUUGUUCCAGAAUCGAGACGAAAUUAGACAAGAAUAUCUGAAGUUGGAAAUGUUACUGAAAGAAAAUGAACUUAAAUCAUUCUAUCAACAACAGUGCCAUAAGCAAAUUGAAAUGAUGUGUUCUGAAGACAAAGUAGAAAAGGCCACUUGCCGACGAGAUCAUAGACUUGCAAUGUUGAAAACUCGUCGCUGCUACCUAGAGAAGAAAAGGGAAGAGGAAUUGAAGCAAUUUGAUGAGAAUACUAAUUGGCUCCAUCGUGUAAAAUCCGAAAUGGAGCUCUUAGGUCAAAAUGGCCAUAUUCCAAAGGAGCUCAGUAAAGAUCUUCAUUGUCACCAUUUGCACCUUCAGAACAAAGACUUGAAAGCACAAAUUAAACAUAUGAUGGAUCUAGCUUGCCUUCAAGAACAGCAACACAGGCAAACGGAGGCAGUAUUGAAUGCUUUGCUUCCAGUCCUAAGAAAACAGUAUUGUGCAUUAAAAGAAGCUGGCCUUUCAAAUGCUGCUUUUGAGUCUGACUUCAAAGAAAUUGAACAUUUGGUAGAGAGAAAGAAAGUGGUGGUUUGGGCUGACCAAACUAAUGAGCAUACUUUAAAGCAAAAUGACCUAACAGGGGUUUCUGUUCUUAUGACCUUUCCACAACUUGGACCACCAGAUCAAUCUCCUUGUUGUACAUCUUCAAGUGAAUCUAAUCUGUUUAAAAUCCUUCCACAAAAAAGAACCCGAAGAAAAUUAAUGCCUUCUCCCUUGAACACAAAACAUCCCCAAAAGUCUACACUGUCUGAAAGUUUGCAGCUCAAUGAUUCUCUCAGCAAAGAACUUCAACCUAUUGUGUAUACGCCGGAAGACUGUAGAAAAACUCAAAAUUCAUCUAUAGUGACCUUACUACAACCAUCAUCACAUUCUACAAGUUUUCAGACCAUCAGCUCAAAUGUAAACAGUGAUAAUUCUCUGAAAAUGUUAUGUGAAGCAGGUAUUCCUGUCAGCAGGAGGAAAGAAUAUGGGCAGGAAGAUUUGGACUCUACAUUUACUAUAUGUGAAGACACCAGGAGCUUAAAGAGUAAAUUACCUGAACAAGAAUCACUAUCAAACAAUAACAUUUUACAAAGGCUUGCCUCUUCUUCAUUUUCAACUAAACAUUCUCUGCCUAUACCAAGCAUAGUACCAUCCUACAUGGCAAUGACUGCGGCUGCCAAAAGGAAACGGAAGUUAACAAGUUCUGCAUCAAAUACUUCAUUAACUGUGGAGGUAAAUUCUGGAUUUGCCAAACGUGUUCGACAAGAUAAUGCAAGUGAUAAGCACUUACAAGAAAACAGACCAACAGCAGACUAUAAAAGAAACAUCCAUAAAGUAAAGGCAAACAUGGUUAGAAAAUUUGGAAGAAGUAUUUCAAAAGGAAGUCUAAGAUAAGUCACUUCAAAAUCAAGGAAAACGAAAUUGACACGUCUCCUUUUAAAAAGAUUUGUUGCCAGUGCCCUUUCAGGAACUUAUUUAAAACCUUUGAAAGAAGACCAUCUUAAAUAAAGCUCAGUUUACCCUAAUUACUUUAACAAGCAGAAGAUGAAGUUCUUUCUGUUUUAUUCUUUUGUAUUCUAAGCAAAUAUGAAAUUUCAACAGAAAAAGUUAUGGUUUAAUAAAGUUACUAACAUAUUUGUUACCCUUUGAGAUCCCUAAGUCAGCAUGGUGGCAGAUCAGUGUUACUAUGCUACAAGUUGAUUAGGACAUUUUAGAAAAUAAUAGUGAGUUACAUUAUCCUUACUGUUUGUUUUAAAAUGAGAAUUUAGAAGUGAUAAAAUUAUGGCACAGGAUAUGUUUGGUCUUACAUUAUUUUAAUCACAUGUGACUUUACUUUCCAAAAAUACUUUGAUGUACAAAUGUACAUAUGUGUGCCCAUAAAGUUGUAAAGAUUAUUUAAGUAGUCUUCAUGAAUAAAAUACUAAUAUUGUUCCUUGCUACUCGGUAUAUUAAAGAUGUAGAUUUUA